UCGCAGCCUUCGUAGAGGCGCAGGAAGAAGGAAAGGCAGAGUUUGUCCUUCUGCGGCCCCCGUACUACGCCAGCGACAUGGCGGAAUAUUCCUGCGUUAAGAAAACAAAACUGGUUCUUAAGGGGGCGAAAUCGAAAAGUAAGAAAAAAAAUAAAGAUAAAAAACGUAAAAGAGAAGAGGAUAUAGAAGCUCAACUUGAUAUAGUUGAAGGCUGGUGGACGGUAACCAAUUUUGGUGAAAUCACAGGAACUGUAGCAAUAGAGAUGGGUUUUGGAACCUAUAUCAGUGCUCUUGAUAAUGGCCUCUUUACUCUUGGAGCUCCACAUAAAGAUGAAGGCCCUAGUCCUCCAGAACAAUUCACUGCAAUCAAGCUGUCAGAUCAAAGAAUUGCAUUGAAAUCAGGGUAUGGAAAAUACCUUGGCAUUAAUUCAGAUGGGCUUGUAAUUGGACGUUCCGAUGCAAUAGGUGCAAGGGAGCAGUGGGAGCCUGUGUUUCAAGAGGGAAAAAUGGCUCUGUUAGCAGCCAACAGCUGUUUUAUCAGUUGUAAUGAAGAAGGUGAUAUAGUAGCCAAAAGUAAAACAGCAGGCAAUGAUGAAAUGAUAAAGGUAACUCUUGUGAUUUGUAAAUGCAGGUAUUUUCCCUUUAUUUAUAUAGCAGAAUUGAUAGAAUCCUAUGCCUUGAUGGAAUCCCGAAAAAUUUAA